UUUGAUAGAGACGGGGUCUCGCUAUGUUGUCCAGGCUGAUCUCUCUAAGUCAAGGGACCCUCUCACUUCGGCCUCCGAAAGCGCUGGGAUGACAGAUGUGAGCCACCGCGCCAGGCCCCUCGCCCGCCUUUGGAAGGAGUCUUCGUCCCCAGGGGCGAGGCCACUCACUCCCCACGAGUUCCAGGCUCCCUAGAGGGUCCUGGUUCCCGACGGGGAGGUGGCGCCCUCCCCCGGGCCCCGGGCCCCAACGGCCCGCACCGCCUCCUUCCAGGCCCUUCCCCGCCGUGACGGCGCCGCAGGCCGGCCGGGCUGGGCGGGGCUCCGAGCAGGGACCGAGACCCAGACGCGCUCUGGGACGGGGAGCGGGCGGCGCGGCCAUGGCGGGCUGCUGCGCCGCGCUGGCGGCCUUCCUGUUCGAGUACGACACGCCGCGCAUCGUGCUCAUCCGCAGCCGCAAAGUGGGGCUCAUGAACCGCGCCGUGCAGCUGCUCAUCCUGGCCUACGUCAUCGGGUGGGUGUUUGUGUGGGAAAAGGGCUACCAGGAAACUGACUCCGUGGUCAGCUCCGUUACGACCAAGGUCAAGGGCGUGGCUGUGACCAACACUUCUGAACUUGGAUUCCGGAUCUGGGAUGUGGCCGAUUAUGUGAUACCAGCUCAGGAGGAAAACUCCCUCUUCAUCAUGACCAACAUGAUCCUCACCAUAAACCAGACCCAGGGCCUAUGUCCCGAGAUUCCAGAUGCGACCAGUGUGUGUGAAUCAGAUGCCAGCUGUACUGCUGGCUCUGCCGGCACCCACAGCAACGGAGUCUCAACAGGCAGAUGCGUGCCUUUCAACGGGUCCGUGAAGACCUGCGAGGUGGCAGCCUGGUGCCCGGUGGAGGAUGACACACAUGUGCCACAACCUGCUUUUUUAAAGGCUACAGAAAACUUCACUCUUUUGGUUAAGAACAACAUCUGGUAUCCCAAAUUUAAUUUCAGCAAGAGGAAUAUCCUUCCAAACAUCACCACUACCUACCUCAAGUCGUGCACUUAUGACGCUAAAACAGAUCCCUUCUGCCCCAUAUUCCGCCUUGGCAAAAUAGUGGAGAACGCAGGACACAGCUUCCAGGACAUGGCUGUGGAGGGAGGCAUCAUGGGCAUCCAGGUCAACUGGGACUGCAACCUGGACAGAGCCGCCUCCCUCUGCUUGCCCAGGUACUCCUUUCGCCGCCUGGAUACACGGGACGUCGAUCACAAUGUGUCUCCUGGCUACAAUUUCAGGUUUGCCAAGUACUACAAAGACCUGGCUGGCAAUGAGCAGCGCACACUCAUCAAGGCCUACGGCAUCCGCUUCGACAUCAUCGUGUUUGGGAAGGCAGGGAAAUUUGACGUCAUCCCCACCAUGAUCAACAUUGGCUCUGGCCUGGCGCUGCUGGGCAUGGCAACCGUGCUGUGUGACAUCAUAGUCCUCUACUGCAUGAAGAAAAGAUUGUACUAUCGGGAGAAGAAAUAUAAGUAUGUGGAAGAUUACGAGCAGGGCCUCGCUAGUGAGUUGGACCAGUGAUGCCUACCCCAUCACAGAACAGAGAGGAGGAGGGAGAACUGGCUGCCACAUCACCCCAGAGAAAGUUCUGGAAUCUGAUUGAGUCUGCGCUCCACAAGUACUCAGGGUUGCCCACAGCUCCUGUGUGUCGCGUGCAGGAUCUGUUUGCCCACACAGCCCAGUAGCUCCCGGGUCUGUUCUUGGCUGGGUCAACUGUGUGGUUCCUGCAGCCUGGGGUUAUGAGUGGCACUGCGGCUUUCCGGGCAGGAGCUGGCUUUGCUCAGAAGCCUCCUGUCUCCAGCUCCCUGCAGAACAGGCCCAGUCCCCCGAGGCACCGCAGCUCUGUUCAAGCACUUUAUGCAGCAGGGGAGGCCACCUAGUUGCUGUCACUAGACCUGCAGCAGGUCUGGGCUACAAGGCUGCCCCUGACAUUCCCUGCAGUCAGGAGACAGAGCGGGCAUUACUCCUCAGAAAGCGCUGUGCAGAGGUGGUGGAGGACCAGACAUUAAAACGUGAUUUUCUUAA